AUGAGCGGCGAACGAUUCGAUCAGGCGACACUGGACGGCUGGCUGGACGAGGACCUGGCGCGUAUCAACGACGAGUCCCUGUGGAAGGAGCACAAGAAGGGCAAGGGCGACGGUGAGGAGGUGGUGGUCUUCGUCCACAAGCCCAAGGACGACUCGUUCUGGUGGUUCAAGGUCGUCGCGCCCAUGCCCUCGGCCACGCUCGCCCAGGCCAACGACUUGUUCGAUGUCUCGUUCGCGGAGAGGAAGAAGGAAUGGAACGACCUCUACAAGGGCGGGAAGGUCGUGGAGAAGGUGAACGACAAGACCGAGGUGUGCCACUUCCAGUACGACCCGGCCAUGAUGCUCAUGUCGGCUCGCGACGUUUGCUACGUCAAGACCCGCCGCGACCUCGACAACGGCGCCUUCCUCCUGUCUUACCGCAGCGUCGAGCAUGAGGGAGCUCCGGUGACCAAGGACUUUGUGCGCAUGGAGCUGCAGGGCGCGAACCUCAUUCAGCCCAGGCCCGAGGGUGGAAUCCUCUACACCUACAUUCAGCACUUGGAUUCGAAGGUGCCGACGCUGGUGGCCAACAAGCCCCUGGGCGGCGUGAUGCUCAAGGAGACCGAGGCCAGGCGCAAGGCCCUCUCCAACCCCAUCGUGGGCUCCCAGUAG